CUUGAAAUCUCCCCACCAGCAGGAAUAAAUUAAAUCUUUUUUUAACUCUCUUACAUUUUUUUAAAAGAAAAAGAAACAUAUUAUACAAUGCCUGGUCCCGGUACUAUUUUUUCAUUAGGAGCAGUUGGAGCUGCUGCAGUCUACGCAUCCAACCGUCGAAGCUCCAUGACCUCUGAUAGUGAAGAUACAUCUCCUAUUGCUCUUGCCCGUAGACGUUCAAGCACCGUCAUUGCUGACCAUGAUUGGCCUUCUCGUAAGCAACCUGAAUACAUGUGGCUCCGUGAUAACGGUGCUAGUUUCUCUCACAAUUCAAAGCCCAAGUAUCCUACCUCUCAACGAAGCAAAUCUGCUGGUCAACUUGAACAACACGUUGCCAAAUAAAUUUAUUACCCCCCCACAUCCCUUUUUUUUAAAACAAAACUCACAUAUAAAAAAAAAUAUAAUAAAAAUAUCUUAAAACAAUUA